AUGAUUUUCCUACCGUUGUUCUUGUGUCGUCAUUGCUAUGCAGAUACCAACGAACUUGCGGGUGUUAUGUGCUCGAAUUCGUCAGAAGCUAAAAGUUCAACCACGUGGACGGAAAAUGUAAACAGCAUGUUCAGCAAACUGGAAGCAAACGUGAUCCUGAACAACGGCUAUUACAGAGCGGAGGCGGGGGAAAAAGGUCCGGACAAAGUGUACGGACUCAUACAGUGCAGAGGCGAUAUUUCCAAGUCUAACUGCAAUAACUGCACCAGAGAGUCGUUCCAUUGGUGUGGCGAAAGAGUCCUGAUCUGGCAGAGUAGGUGGUGUUUGCUCAGGUAUUCGAACGUGAGCUUCUACGGGACUUGGGAGAAAAGCAGUUUAACUGUAUAUCGAUCGAACCGUGCGAGUUUGGUAGAGCAGUCGGUGGCGGCGGCAAAGGGGAAGAUGUUGAUGAUGGGGCUGGCGGAGGCGGCUCCCGGAGAUAGUUUGAUGUUCGCGAAGGGAGAGAUCGAUGACGGCCUUGGCGGGAAGAGGUAUGGGACGGCCCAGUGCACCAGAGACUUGGGAAAGUCGGAAUGUAGGGAUUGUUUGGAGUGGUUGGUUGAGGGCUUUGGGAGAAACGUUUCCGACGAUCGGAGUCGUGAAAUCAAUGGGAGGGGCUGUUUCAUGAUGUACGAUAAUACUCGUUUCUACUUUAACCUUACUGCCGAAGAGGGACUAAGAGGAGCAGCAAACAGAGGUUUGUCAGGACGAUUAUCCAUGGCCAUAACCAUUUUCAUUACAGCAAUAUUGGCUUUUCUCUAA